UUAUUAUCUACUCCACUUUUGUUAAAUUCUUUAGACUAAGAGCAUCCCAACAUGCGAUCAUUAAAUUAUACAUUCACCAAUUAUUUUCUCAUGAUUGUAGUCUCUAAUCAUUAGUUAUUUUCUCUUCAGCCUGCGAUCAUUCAAUCCAAUUCCCCACCCUCCGGUUAUAGCAGAUCCGGUUAAGUUGCAGGAGCAGUGCUCGAGCUGGUUAGAUUAUAAUGGGAUUAUUUGAUGGACUCCCCAUUCCCGCUGAUAAGGCGUACUUAAAGGAAGACCUGUCUAAGAUAGAUGCAAGCUGGACAGCUGCACGUUUUGAUUCUCUUCCCCACGUUGUGCAUAUUUUAACAUCGAAAGAUCGUGAAGCUGAAGUGCAUGUUCUGAAGGAACAGAGUGAAAUUGUGGAGGACAUAGUUGAUGAAGUAGUCCAUUCAUAUCAUGUUGGUUUCAACAAAGCUAUUCAAAAUUAUUCGCAGAUUCUGCGUUUAUUCAGUGAAUCUAACCAGAGCAUUAGUGGUUUACAAGGUGAUUUGACUGAUGCAAAGAAACUUUUGGGAAGCCGUAACAAGCAGUUACAUCAAUUAUGGUAUCGAUCAGUUACACUGCGGCACAUUAUAGCUCUCUUGGACCAAAUUGAAGGAAUAGCUAAGAUUCCAACUCGGAUUGAGAAGCUUAUUGCUGAGAAAAAGUUCUAUGCUGCAGUGCAAUUGCAAGUUCAAUCUGCUCUGAUGCUUGAAAGAGAGGGCCUUCAAACAGUUGGGGCUCUGCAAGAUGUCAAAUCUGAAUUGUCAAAGCUCCGAGGAGUUCUCUUCUACAAGAUAUUGGAGGAUCUGCAUGCUCAUCUCUAUCAUAAGGGUGAAUACAGUCCAGCUCUGCUAGAUAUCAAUGAAAGGGAAGAUAAAACCCCAACUACGACAACCAUUGCAUAUUCUCGGAAAGCGAAGCAAGGUGAAAAUCAGUUCGGGUCAGUAAGAGCUGACAAUGGAUCUAUAAAACCAAGUUCUGCGGAUAGGGGCUUUUCAAUCAAUGUCCAUGGCAAAGGUGAUGUGCUGGAACAUCAUGAUGCUACAUCAGGUUCUAUUAGUGGUGAUUGCUCUCUAAAGGAUGCCAGAGUUGUUUAUCAUCAAGCUCCAAUAUGGCUUUCAGAUUCUACUCCUGAUGAAUUUAUUGAAGCAAUGGGAAAGUGUGAUGCUCCAUUGCACGUGAAGUAUUUGCAGACCAUGGUUGAAUGCCUUUGUAUGCUCGGCAAAGUUGCUGCUUGUGGUGCCAUACUAUGCGAAAGGUUUAGGCCAACAUUACAUGAGAUAAUCACUACCAAGAUCAAAUCUAUUGCCAAAAAUAGUAGUUCAAUGCAUGACAUUGGCCCAUGUCCUCAGAUUGCGAUUACAGGUCUACACCCUCUGAAAGGAAAAUUUGAAAGCUAUCCGUCACUGGAACAAACACAUCAAAAUGGGGUAUCAUUGGCUGGAGUGAUGCUAUCUGUUAGUCCUGUCUCACCUGUAAUGGCUCCUGCAGGAAAAGCACAUGCGGCUGCAAAGGAGCUGCUUGAUUCAAUUCUGGAUGCUACUGUUUGCAUAUUAGAAAACCACAUGAUAGUUGGCGAACUUCUCGAUUCAAAGUCCUUGCAACAAGUUGACUUGAAUACACCUAGGUCUAUGCCAACUGAUGUUAAUUGGAACCAAGAUUCAGAUGUAUCUCGCCAUACUGGAGGCUAUAGUAUUAACUUUUCCUUGAAUGUCUUACAGAGUGAAUGUCAACAAUUGAUUUGUGAAAUCCUACGAGCAACUCCUGAAGCUGCUUCUGCUGAUGCUGCUGUCCAAACAGCCAGACUCGCGAACAAGACACCUUCAAAGAAUAACAGAGAUGGAUCUGGAGAUGGUUUUACAUUUGCUUUUCGCUUCACAGAUGCUAUUGCAUCUGUUCCAAAACAUGGAGGUGACCUAAUCAGCCAAGGGUGGAAUAUGAGGGCCUCGAGUGUAGUUAAAGAAGGUUAUGGAACUGCAUCUGUUUUGCCUGAACAAGGACUAUAUUUAGCGGCAUCAUUAUACCGUCCUGUUCUAGAGUUUACAGAUAAAGUUACUUCAAUACUACCUCAGAAGUUUUCCCACCUUGGGAAGGAUGGGCUGUUAACAUUUGUGGAGAACUUUGUGAAAGAUCGUUUCUUACCAGCGCUGUUUGUAGAUUACAGGAAAGCUGUACAGCAGGCCAUAUCAAGCCCUGCAGCAUUUCGUCCUCGAACACAUGCAACAACUUAUAUAUCUUCAAUUGAGAAAGGACGACCUGUGCUACAAGGACUUUUGGCGAUUGCUUUUUUGGCUGAAGAGGUGCUUGGUUGGGCUCAAGCAUUGCCUAAAUUUGCUGCUGGUCUUGUGAGCUAUGUGCAAAGCUUUCUUGAGAGGGCAUAUGAAAGAUGCCGCACAUCAUAUAUGGAGGCAGUCCUUGAAAAACAAAGUUAUAUGCUCAUUGGGAGGUAUGACAUUGAAAAUCUGAUGCGACUUGAUCCCGCCAGCACAAAUUUACCAUUUUCAGUUCAAUAUUCAAGUUCAGAGAAUAAUGCUUCCGUUGCUAAAGAUGUUGAGAAGGAAAUAAGCAAUCUAUUACUGAAUUUGAGGCCGAUUAAACGGGAGAACCUGAUUCGAGAUGAUAAUAAACUCGUUCUUUUGGCAUCCUUGAGCGACUCAUUGGAAUUUGUUGCAGAUUUGAUAGAAAGACUGGCGAAGAAAUGUGGCUGCGCAUCUAAUCAAGCAGAAGAGAGCAGUGGAAAGCAAAAAGUUCACCAACAUCGUAGAACAGCCAGUUCUGUUCCCAAGGAUCUGAUCUCAUUUGCUGAGGAGUACAGAAAAUUGGCAGUUGAUUGCCUCAAAGUUCUGCGCAUAGAAAUGCAGUUGGAGACGAUUUUUCAUAUGCAGGAAAUGACAAAUAGGGAAUAUCUGGAUGACCAAGACUCAGAGGAGCCCGAUGAUUAUGUAAUCUCAUUAACUUCACUGAUAGCACGGCGAGAUGAAGAAAUGUUACCUUUCAUAGCUGGACCUAAACGGAACUAUAUUUUUGGUUCCAUAUGUGGUGUUGCGGCGAAUGCCUUCAUCAAGGCUUUGAAUGAUAUUAAAUCUAUCAACCUAUUUGGGGUUCAACAGAUAUGUUGCAACUCAAUUGCACUGGAACAGGCUCUUAUUGCCAUCCCCUCGAUUGACAGUGAAGCUGUAAGGCUCAGUUUAGACCGUGUCCGUACAUAUUAUGAUCUCCUAAACAUGCCAUUUGAGGCCCUACUUGCCUUUAUUAGUGAGCAUGAGCACCUGUUUACAAGUGCAGAGUAUUCUACGCUUCUAAAGGUGCGGGUCCCAGGAAGGGAAAUCCCAGCAGACGCAGACGAUCGUCUAGCAGAGAUCCAACAUGGAUGAUGGAUGCUAACCUUUUCAGUUUUGCAGCCCGGCCGGCUAUUGUUUAUAAAGAUUAAUUAGGAUUUGGCAAGUGGAAAAUCAUAGAUGCCCAGUACCAGUCAAGUGAUUAACCUAACCUCCGUGUGUGGUUGAGUUCUGAGCUUUCCAUUUAUUAUACUUUGGUCAUGGGGGAUUAGGUUCACAUAUUAUGCCUUCUAAUAAUUGAUCACUUUCAGUGCAUAUAAAAUAGUUGUAAACACGUGAGUUCAAAUGUUCUGAUUAACUACAAGUAGUCUUACCAGAUUGAUGGACAAGGUUCUUAUCUUUGAAUGUUGAUUAUUGAACAUUUGAUAGCUCCUUUUCCAGGAUGUAGUCAAUGUCCUUUUUUUUAAUAGAGUCAGCAUCUUUAAAAGUUUACAUCAUUUGACUUGAUUAUUUAAUGUAAAUUGUAUGAUGCUUUUUAAAAACAUUUCACGUUGUACCAUAUACAGUACUUUACGUUGGAGGAAGAUGAUAAAAU